AUGCUCCUCAUAGACUGCAAGAACAGGAACCAGGUUUUCCCUACCCUUGCAAACAUGAGACUGAAUCAUAUUAUCUUGAAGCCCUUCACGGAGGCUAUGGCCAGGUAUGGAAGAAUCAGCAAACCUGUGGAACUCAUCAAAGAAGCAGUGCGCAAAUUCUAUGAUUCAGAAGCAGAGGACGUGCCAGUGAAGCCUGAUACCAUGGAUAUGAAGCUUCGAAGAGAAAAGAACAUCGCCAAAUCAGCAGAAGCAAUCAAGUCCAUGCUCACCGUGAUCAAACGAAAGUGGACACUAUGGGAGAUUCCACGUGACGAAGAGAUCCGAAACAUGGUGUUCGACUUAUCCAAAGCAUCUGAAACUGCAUAUGCCGAAGGCCGCUCUGCGCUAGCCAAGUCGCCCAAGCAGAAGCCGAUUGCUAGUUGUGGUUCGGACGACGACAGUGACAUGGCUGACGAUGCUUCGCUGAGACAGAGCCUACAUUCCUCUCUUGGGGAGCGGAAUGCCGAGUCGCCUUUGGAGGUGUAUUUGAAAGCACCUCCUCGAGAAGAACUCGAGAAGAUGCUGGGGUUUUCGCUUGACCCGGCUACGUAUGAGAAUAUCCGAAGGAGCAAGGAGCCCUUGCAGGCGGAUCGUCCAGAAACUGGGCAUGAAAAGCCUGACUCAGCAGGCCCACCUGUGAUGGCAGCUCCUGUUCUGGAUACUCUGGAGAUGAUGCAGGGUUUGAGUGACGACAGCCUGCCGGCCAUUUGCGAUGUGGAGACGGAACACAAGCCACCCUCAGGUGACUCGCUUCCGGGACAGACUCCAGUGAAGGGACUGGCUGGCCAGCUUUCAAGGAUGGAUCCUGCAAGGUUGCAGCAGAUGCUGGCUGUUGUCAACGACAAGCUGCAUCUCGUUGCAGCGGUGGUGACACGACAAGCCCAGCUCGCUUUGACGGCCAAGAAGAAGGCUAAGACGGAUGCUGCCCCUGGCGGUGGCAAGGAGCCGGGACCGUCUGAGGAGAUUGAGACAGAUCGAGUCGCAAAGCCCAAGCGAGGUCCCGGCCGGCCCAAAAAAGAAUCCAAAAAAGAUGUCAAGGACUCGAUGGAUUCGAAGGUUGGGCCGAAGGCUCGGGCUACGAAGCGCAAGGCUUUGGAGGAGGAGAAGGAGGAGGAGAAGCAGCCUUGCAAACCCAAGCCGGGUGUGAUUGCUCGAAAACUGAGCAAGCGCAAGUUGCUCAAGAAGGGGAAGAAGGCGAAGGCGAAGGCAAAGGAAGCUGACAACGCAACGGUCUACUACGAGUACGACCCCAAUGAACACGUUGGGGAUGGCUAUGUGGCCGGUGUGGAGGAUCGCGAGCCGCAGGAGGAUGAACAGGAGUGGACAAAGGAGGAAUGGGCCGCGUGGGAGGCUGAGCAGGGAGCGGGAAAGCGUCCUGCCAAACGUGUUCGUGGCAAGCAGCCGACCCCGGAGGAGGAGGAGGAAGAGGCCGAGCCCGUGGAGGAAGAGAAGGAGGAUGUCCCAACGUUCGCUCGCCGGUACUUCCCUUCGCGAUCCUGGUACCAGGCGAAAUUCAACGCGAUCAAGGAUGCGUUCAAUGGCCGCAUCCGACCGUUCGUUAGGUUUCCAGGCAAACUCGAGGAUCCCUUCUGGAAGCAUGUGGCCGAAGCCUUAAAGAACACGCCGGUAGAGAAUGAAGAGGAUUGGCUCCCCACGGUGUCACAGUGGACUUUUGAUUUUCUGAAUGAUGACCGCGUUAGCAAGACAUGGUCGGAUGUCGGGGAGAAGCUCUUUGGUGAGACUGGGAAGAGGCCCACUCUCAAGCGAUACGAGGCUGCCAUUGCGAGGUGCGCUGCGCACUGA